UAGCAUCCGCUUCCCUCCUCGCCAACUCUGCUACCGUGAGAACCGACCCGAACCCACGCCUCAAACCCGUCGCGUCUCCCCGAGGCAUAACUUGCCGACAAUACCCAAAGACCGCACCAGUCGCGCCUAUCUCGUUUGGCCUGUGACAAAUACUUCCAAUUACUCUUCUGUCCCAUACAUUUCGAAGAUAUGGCCUGGCUUCAGUCAACACCAGGCUCAGGUGGACGCGCCGCAUCCCCGACUGUUUUCGAGCAGCAGCGGGAGGAAUUAGUCCGGGACAUUGCAGUGGGUAUGGAGCAGGUUCUUCAAAAUAUCAACCGUCUGAAUCGGAAUCUGGAGAGCGUUAUCGCGGUUGGGAAUGAAUUCGGGUCUGUGGAAGCUCUAUGGUCUCAAUUUGAGAACUUUAUGGGACGGCCGGAAGAGGAGGGUGAAGAGGGCAGCAAUGGCAAUGGGAAUAGCCAUGGGAAGCGGAAAGUGAGCGGGGAGAGCGAUGUACCGAUCAAGUCAGAGAUUAAACAGGAGCCUGAGGAGGGUGAGUCGACUGUCAUGCAGUGAUUGUUUACAUUUAGUCUGCAUAGGCUUCGGCGUCGGGCUGUUUUGUUUUACCUUUUAGAUACC